GUUUGUGCAUAUUUUCAGAUCAAAGAACCAUUCAAAAUCACUUUGACAAAGUGGUGGAAAAAAACUCUGUAACCGACCUGGUGAUAUUUUGAGGUUGAAUAGAUUGACACAAAAUAGUUCAUACGAUGGCUGAGACAGACACAACAAACUUUUUUGGCCGCUUUGUUAAUGUCUUUGUUGAUAACGAAGAUCAACGAACCAAAUCUUGGUUUCUCUCAAACAGUCCUGGACCGUUGGUUAUUAUUCUGGUGACAUAUUUAUACUUUUGUCUCUAUGCCGGGCCUCGUUACAUGAAAAAUCGAAAACCCUUUCAACUGAAAAACACAUUAGUCGUAUAUAACGUCAUACAAGUUGUCUUCAGUAUCGUUUUAGUAAUUGAGGGGUUAGAAGGCGGCUGGCGGAAACAUUAUAAUUUUCGAUGUCAACCUGUUGAUUAUUCAACAAACCCAAAUGCAAUCAGGAUGGCACGAGCUGUUUGGCUUUAUUACAUGGCGAAAGUUGUCGAACUUUUGGAUACAGUUUUCUUCGUACUUCGGAAGAAAAACUCACAAGUGACGUUCUUGCAUGUUUGGCACCAUACUUUGAUGCCAGUCUGCUCGUUCAUCGGCGUUAAGUAUUUCGCUGGUGGACAUGGAACACUCCUGGGCUUAAUUAAUUCAUUUAUACACGUUAUUAUGUACGUCUAUUACAUGCUCUCAGCAAUCCCAUCGAUGCAAAAAUAUUUGUGGUGGAAACGGUAUUUGACCAUUAUGCAAAUUAUUCAAUUUUUAGUGGUUUUCUGUCACACAAUUCAACUUCAAUUUCAACCCAACUGCACAUUUCCAAAAUCAAUCGGAAUGUUGCUUUCAAUUAACGCUGCUCUCUUCACUUACAUGUUCUCGUCAUUCUACAUCAAAUCAUACAAUAAGAAGGCGAAAUCAGCUGUCAAUGAGAAGAAAAUUGUUUACGAUGAGAACAACAACGAAAUUUCUGUCGGUGAUAAGAACAUUAAACAAAACUAGAGAGAAGCUUCGCAAUUUUCUUAUUUUUUAUUUUAAUACUUCACGCAAUUUUUCUUAUUUUAGAAGCAAUUUCAUUGGAAUUUAACGAGUAAUUGAAAUAGAAUCUCAGUCUUUGUAUUUUUUUUCUAAUAAAAUAAAUUAGUAUUUAGAUAAAGUGAAAGUCUCUUUGAU